GGCUAUGAAAACAUAUGAUUUUGAAGAAGCCGGAGGAGUUGGCAUCCAAGUUCGCAGAAUCAACUCGGUUAACGUCAAUGCGUUGUGGUUUUCAAUUUGGUCAGUAAUGUUUCCAGUCCCACGCUGGUACCACGGUUCCGUGACGCGCACAUAAUAACGUGUGUAAAGAAAGGUGUUUGCAAUGGUGCUUCGCGUGACGAAUAAGAUGGCCGUCUACAAGGCAGUCGGCAUCCUUUCAUGUGUCGCCGUGUGCCGGGCAAGUGCCCCCAUCGAUAUUAAAAUGGACGAAAAAGCCCGACUUCUACAUCGAGUGGAUACAGUCAACAUACUAGUGUACACAUUUCUGUUGAUCCUCACCGUGUGCAUCAUCUGGUUGUUUAAACGGCGCCGAGCGAGGUUUCUCCACGAGACAGGACUGGCUAUUAUAUUUGGCCUGCUGGUAGGAUCAAUAAUACGUUACGCGAGUGAGGAGACGGAGGUCUCUCACCUACGAGUGCUGCCCGUGAAGGGCAGCAACUACAGUGACAGCUUCCCUCCAGACAACGUCUUUGUCGUGCUGGAGAUCAGCAAGCCAGACCUGGGCAGGAAGGAAAACAAGACGUAUGCCUACAACUUCAGAGGGGAGCUCACGGAUGUCGAGGGCAGGAAACUCAAUCAAAAGGCGACGUUUGACCCAGAAGUAUUCUUCAACAUCAUUUUACCCCCAAUCAUUUUCAAUGCCGGUUACAGUUUGAAACGGAAAUUCUUCUUUAGAAAUUUGGGCACGAUCAUGACUUAUGCCUUCGUUGGAACAACCAUAUCCUGCUUCGUUGUUGGAGUCAUCCUAUACGCAUUCCUUCUCUUGAUGCCUCAUCUAGAGUUUACAUUUAAUAACUGCCUAUUCUUUGGUGCCAUCAUUUCGGCCACCGACCCAGUGACAGUGCUGGCUAUCUUUCACGACCUGCAUGUGGAUGUCAAUCUGUACGCCCUGGUCUUUGGGGAGGCAAUCCUCAACGACGCAGUCGCCAUAGGGCUCGUGUCGGCCAUAUCCAGUUACGAAGAAAACAACAAUGAGGGCAAGGAAUUUGAAGUGGCCGCAGCUUUCAAGGCAUUUGGGAACUUCGUCUACAUCUUUCUUUGUUCUUUCAUGAUUGGAUCUGUGACUGGCUGUGUCACAGCACUCAUCACCAAGUUCACCAAGCUGUGUGACUUUCCCUUACUGGAAAGCUGCCUGUUUGUACUCAUGUCGUACACUUCGUUCCUGAUAGCGGAAGCCCUCGACUUGACGGGUAUUGUGGCAGUCCUCUUCUGUGGCAUCUGCCAGGCCCACUACACAUACAACAACCUCUCCGUAGAGUCUAGGCAGAGAACAAAACAGCUCUUUGAGCUGUUGAACUUCCUAGCAGAAAAUUUCAUCUUCAGUUACAUAGGAGUGUCAAUGUUCACAUACAAGAAGCACAGAUGGGAUGCAGGGUUUAUCCUUGUCGCUUUCCUAGCCAUUGCUGUUGGUAGAGCCAUUUACAUUUAUCCGUUGACAUUCCUCCUGAACCUCGGGAGGACAAACAAGAUUCCUAUGGCGUUCCAGCAUGUGCUCUUUUUUUCAGGGCUACGCGGUGCCAUGGCUUUUGCACUGGCCAUAAGGAACACGCUGUCUGAACAGCGGCACCUCAUGCUCACGACGACGUCGCUCAUCGCUAUUGUCACUGUGAUUGUUUGUGGGGGAUUCUCUACUCAGCUGCUAGCAUGGCUCAACAUUCCAGUUGGCAUCGAAGAAGAGCAUGAAAUGCUGCAGUUCACUGGAGUGAGGCCCAACUAUGAAGCAGCUCCAAAUGGGGCGGCGACUCCCCCAGUGCAGACACCACCUGAACUGCGUAGCCCAGAGAACAAGACCCCUUAUGAGAAGGCUUGGCUGGUGCGCAAGUGGUACAACUUUGAUGUCAAAUUCAUGAAGCCCCUGCUGACUCACAGUAGGCCGACACUGUUGGACACAUUGCCAGCGUGUUGCCUGCCCUUAGCUCACGUGCUCACUUCCACGGAGCAGCUAACACAGGAUGAUGCAGGACGGCGCAGGGACGAGGACUCUGACACAGACCUCUGCCUGGACGAAGACUUCCAAGUUCCGGAGCGCAACAGUGCCUCACUGCGGGGAUCUCUGUCCAGGAAUGACUCUGUGGAAGAUUUGGGUCUCUGUGGUAGAACUGGCACACGUGUACGUUUGGCAGGAUUUCGAGGGGAAGCUCUGUAGACGAGGAAGGACCGGAUUCCCCCUGUGGCUGCCGCUGCAUGUUGCUGCAUGACUCAUGUCUCUCUUCAUCUUGCUUGCUUCUCUUGUGUUGGACGUGUUGAAGGGAUCAUCGGUUUUGCGUCACAAAAAACACUAUGGGUUAACUCUGCGGAUUGGACGAUUAGUCCCUGUCCAUCACCAAAGAUACCCACGCUGUAUAUAUAUGCUGAGUGAAUAAUAUUGGCCUUUCUGGUGCAGCACUGUGAUUUGGGUUGCACGAAGGAAUAUUGCGUGUUUUACAUAUUUCAGGACGGAAUGCUUUCCUAAGUUAAUCGAGGAGGACGAAUGUCCCUAUUUGUGACACAUGGGAGUUUCAUGCUAAGUCACUGCUCACUGCUGUUGUUGUCUGAGAAUGCCUUCUUAUAAUGAGCUCUGGGUUUGUCUCUUGUGGUAGAUAUACCUACUGUCGAGAGCAUUUUGCAUUAGCCCGUUUCUUCACGUAUGUGAUAAUGAGCCGUAUAUUUUCUGACUGAAAUGUCACAUAUGUUAGCCCCGCAAUCAAUUUGUGUCCGCAACGUGCCAUUUGAGAGCAGUUGUCCCCCGAUAUAAACAAUUAGAAAUGUGCUUUACUGUAAUGGAGUCCCGUGCAACUGUUUAACCUCAAUUCCUUUGAAAGCUUUGAACUUUUAAAUGUGGACACAACCAAGGCCCAUCCUUGUUGCAGCAACAAAGUGUAGUAUGAACUCAACUAAUUAUGCACUGAAGAACUGUAAAAAAAUAACACUGAAGCUUUCUAAAUAUGUACAAGCUUUUGCAUGGGGCACCACACACUUAAAACAGAACUUCACCACAUAGCUCGGUGAAGGCAAACCAUUGCACAUAAUGAUGCAUUUAUCACUCCUGAUUUGUGGAAAGCGUGGGGCAUACACCUUUUUGGACAGUUAACAUAACUACGUAAGCGUCACACAAAGGCGUGCACCUCACAUUUUUAGCCAAUCAGGGGGAUAGAACUGUGUCAUUGGGGAUGGUGGUUGGAAGAGUUGAAGAAUGUAGAGGGUUGGGUCAAGGUCCACUUGGAAGAAGUAACAGCAAAAAUAUAAAACACUGAAGCUUGGUUGGCUAAGAGCACGCUAUGCAGUGAAGUUCUGUUUUAAUAGUGUGGGCUGACUAAUGGUAACUGCAACAAAACUGCCUUUUUCAAUACAGAAGGAACGCGUCUGUUCCAAACUCCCAAACAUACUCUGUGUCCACCAUAUGUGGUGUACCUUUUCACUGACGAGUCGAAUGAUCAAGACAAAGGAGAGUGUAUUGAGCCAGAACCUCCGACAUAGGGCUGACAUAUGCGGCUGAUUGGUGUCUCAAGAAAAUCCCUUAUGCAUUACAUAUGUUUGAUGUGUGUGGAUGCUUUCCAUCACAACGAGUAAAGAGUAUGUCUGCAUGCGA